UCCCCAAACCGAAACCGAAACAGCCAGCUCGCCAACAGUUUUGUCCUCUUGUCUCUCUCCGCCGACGACCGAAGUCGCACGGCAGAGCACCGCCGCGCCGGCCGCCGGGGAAGAGGAGGAGGGGGAGAUGACGGUGGGGAUGAUCAACGCGAACCCGGUGGUGCACGAGCGGCCGGAGCGCGCCGCCCACCCCGCGCACGCGGCGCUCGACGCGCUCGACGUCUUCGAUACGGUGCGGGACAUCAAGGACCCGGAGCACCCCUACUCGCUGGAGCAGCUCAGCGUGCUCUCCCAGGAGUCCGUAUCCGUCGACGAGAAGCUCGGCCACAUCCAGAUAACCUUCACGCCAACUGUGCAACACUGCAGUAUGGCCACAGUGAUUGGUCUGUGCCUCAGGCUUAAGUUGAUGCAAAACUUUCCUCCGCAUUUCAAGAUUGACAUUAAGGUUGCUCCAGGAUCUCUUGCUAAUGAGGAAUCAGUAAACAAACAGCUGAACGACAAGGAGAGGGUUGCGGCGGCGUUGGAGAACCCCAACCUCCGGCAGCUGGUGGACGACUGCCUCUGCUCGGAUCACUCAUCCUCCUACUAGCUCGACCCUGAUGCCAGACAACCUGCCUCCUGCCUCCUGUACAGCAAUAAUAGGCAGGCAUUUUGUGUUUUGCCGGACACUGUACCUGAUUUCGAGAAAAGAUAGUGUACCUGAUCAUGUAUUUGCCAUUCUUUUCCCUUAGUUGUAGUAGUAUAUGCUACCUGGAGGAAUAUCAGCAAUGCUUUUCCGUGCCUGCUUAUGCGCCGGUCCUUGGAGUAGUUUGUUGCAGCAUGA